GUUGGGCGGCGGUUGCGAGCGGAGCGGAGGCGGGCCCGCCUUAGCCGCUUCCUGCGCCGCGCCGCGCCCCUUCCGCCCGAGCCGCUCUCCCUCCGCCUGGCUGCGCCCGUUGUCAGGGCGGCGGCCGGCCGGCGCGAUGUCGGACAAGGAGUUCAUGUGGGCCCUCAAGAACGGCGACCUGGACGAGGUGAAGGGCUACGUCGCCAAGGGUGAAGAUGUGAAUCGGACACUGGAAGGUGGGCGGAAACCUCUUCACUACGCGGCCGACUGUGGACAGCUUGAGAUCAUGGAGUUCCUUCUGCUGAAAGGGGCUGAUAUUAAUGCUCCAGACAAACACAGUAUCACUCCACUCCUUUCAGCAGUCUAUGAAGACCAUGUGUCUUGUGUGAAGUUGCUCUUGACAAAGGGUGCUGAUAAGACUGUCAGAGGGCCAGAUGGACUAACUGCCUUGGAAGCCACCGACAAUCAGGCCAUCAAGGCUCUCCUCCAGUGAUGAACGGACUGCGAUCUCGCGUCUCUCCUGUGGCCUCACACUGCUGCCUGUCUGUCACUCUUUGUAUCUUCUAGCUUCUUCCACUAAGGAUGGGGGGGGGGGGAAACCAUCACAGCACACCUACUUUGUUAGGGUUCCUCUGAAAAAGAGAGAAUCCAUCUGGCGAGAGUAGAAAUCCAUGUAACUGAUGUCUCCUUAGGACUGCUAUUUUUCAAGGCACCCUUUUCUCAUACAAGUGAGACUGAACAUCUGCCAGGAAAAGGGAGAAGAAUGUGAUCUGAAAGGCGGCCUAUACACUUUUCUAAUUCUCCUCUGAGAAAUUUUUCAAAUGGAAGCACUAUUCCGUGCUUUCUUGCUUUAUUAAGGCAGUGAAAACCCAGUGCUUUUAUACCUUCAUUUCAAAUCAAGGCAGUUGGGGCAGCUUCAGUAGAACUGCGUCCCUGGGCCUUAGAUAAACCUUGAAAUACCAACAUUUGUUAACAAUGUCCCAAUAUUUAAUAAUUGGAUGCUGUGUUAACUCUUGACUGUUUUAGCAAAGAACACACUGAAGAAUCAUGUGUGUGUUCCGCUACCCAAGACUUUAUACUCGAGAAGCAGCCAGGUUAGCACGUGGUGCCUCAUCCUGGGAAAAAUAAUGCUCUUGUAAGGUCUCCGAUUGGAUAUUCCUUACUUCUGCAUCAUAAAAGAUACUGAAACAAAGAGGCGGCUCCAGACUCAUUGGCGCUAGAGGAUGCUUGCUUUGCCCUUUGAUUUCGAAGGAAACGUCUUAAUUAGUAAGCAGAAGUGGCUCUCAGUCCUUGGGGCUGCUACCGUUCUUUUAAAGAGAGCUGGAAUAUUCUUUCUCCAGCUACAGCCUCACCACAUUGAUCUUAGCUGUGCUGCAUGCACCUUUGGGAUGAGAAUCGAUUCACUAUUUUAGCACUGUAUUUAAAAAACCAAAAAAAAAAACACAGUACAACCGGUCUCAGUGGUCAAGUACAGGCUGCAGUUAGUGCCCAAUAAAGGAGGUUGGUUUAUACGGGUCCCGUCACCGCCAUAUUGCAAGGUAGCUUUCGUGGGACAUUCAUUUGUUAUUUUUCGUGUUAGGCUAAGGUUUGGUUGGCUUGGCCAGUAGAAAGAAAGCUUGGAUGCUCUUGCUCAAAAAUAUGGAUAAAAUUUGUGCCGCAUUAACCUUCCUGGUAAGAGUUGUCCUGACUUGACAUUAAGAGCUGCGAUAGCCUCCAAGGUACAUGCAGUCAGGUUUUGUAUACAUAUUUAUAGUACCGAGUGUACCUUUUUGUAUUCUUAAAGCAUUUACUUUCAGAGAAAAAUCAAGCAAUUGAUUCACCAUUCUAAAAAGAAGUGAGACUAUUAUCUGAAAAGUCUUUGUGAUCCUUGUGGAACUGGUAGCUAGUAUCACAACUCCAGUGGUGCUUUGUUUCUCUCAUCCCCAAUACCACAUUUAAGCAGAGGAGCUGCUAUGAGGGGAACAAACAGUUCUCUAAGUAGAAGUCUUAUAAGUUGAGCCCCAUAAUCUCUCUCUGCUGUUGGUGCAGAACCGCAGUGCAGCAGACUUCGUAUGUGUACAGUCUGUGCAGACUUGUCUUCAUCUCGAUCUUUCUGUGCUACAGGAAAGGUGUUGGUGAAGAUGCUGAGCAGUAAGCAGAUAUUUCAUGUUUUGAUGCCGCUCUAAAACUUUGGCUUGAAUGGGUGGAUUCUGUACCCGAAGGUCUCCUAACCUGGAAUGAAAGGAAGCCAUUCUGAUUGAUGUAGCAUGGGCUAAAUUCUAAGGGUGCUUCACAGCCGGCUGCCUUCAACUGUAGUCCUUCGGGUACAGUCUCAGGCCGCUUGGAUUUUCUUUCUAGCAGUCCUGCACCUGGCUCUUCAGGCACUGCUUCUUUCAUUGUGGUGUAGACAUCUCAGUUGUUUUCUUCUUCCACAUCUUCAUUUCUCCAACGGUAGAUGCAUUCUGAUGACUUCCCAACACAUGGCCAGACUCAUCACAAUACUCUUUACUGAAGUAAAAUAUUCUUCUUUUUGCAAUGUAUAAAAGGUCCAGCCGUUGAUUUCUGGCCUAAACAUUACGAGUCUAGUUAACUUUAGAUUCUUCUGCUUAGGGCAUGGAUAGCCUAUAAUCUCCACUUAGGGGAAGGGAAAUGGGCCUGCUGUUUUCACACACUGACUCUUAAGAGGUGGAAACUCUUGAUGUGAGAAUACCUCUUCUAAGUAGUAGACUUUGGGGUGGUUGAAGCUAACAAUCCAAAUACCAAACCUCUGGCAACAAUAUACGGUCACUUCCUUUCAGAUUCCACUUUAAACUUAAAUGUUUUUGCAGUCUAAAAGCUUUCUGCUCCCGUUUGUACAGGCGUCGCUUUGCUAACGUAGUUUUUGUUCUUGAACGCAAAUGGAUAGAAGACGCUGGCAAAAGUGGACUGUCCUCAGUCGAGCAGUUGCCACUUUGCAUGCACUGCCCCCUACCAGUCUUCUGAUUUAUACAUGGAGAAACAGUCAUAACUUUCUACCAAACGAGGGAAGCAAAAGAGUGCUUUGUGCAUUUUGAUAUUUGAUCUUCUUCCAGGACAGUAAACUGUUUUCCUAGUGUUGGGCUUAUUAUCAUGGUUCACACACCUUCGAAUGCUAAAGGAUGCUGUGUUUUAAGUUUGUGUUGCAAGAAUGAAUGGAAUAAAUUUGAACUGUGUUCUGGAGAGAA